AUGUGGCCAGAAAAAAUCAGGCAAAGAUAUGCAGACUUGCCUGGAGAAUUGCAUAUUAUUGAACUUGAGAAGGAUAAGAAUGGACUUGGACUCAGCCUUGCUGGUAAUAAAGACAGGUCACGCAUGAGCAUAUUUGUGGUGGGAAUUAACCCAGAAGGACCUGCUGCCACUGAUGGAAGGAUGCGCAUUGGAGAUGAGCUGUUAGAGAUAAACAAUCAGAUCCUAUAUGGAAGAAGUCACCAAAAUGCAUCUGCCAUUAUUAAGACUGCCCCAACAAAAGUGAAGUUGGUUUUCAUUAGAAAUGAAGAUGCAGUCAAUCAGAUGGCCGUUGCUCCAUUCCCAUUACAAUCAAGUUCCCCAUCUCCUGUUGAGGAUCAGAGUGGCACCGAACCUGUUAGUAGUGAGCAAGAUGACAGUUUGGAAGUUGGUAUUAGACAAUUGCCUGAAACUGAAAGCUCCAAACUGGCAGCCAGUGAGAUGAAACAGCAAAAACAUUCAAUGAAAGUCUCUUUCAUUUCACAAGAGGCAUUUUCAGCACCAGCACCAUCAAAGUACUCAACAGGUGCAGACUCCACGGGCUAUGGUGAUUUCCAGGCUCCACUGUCAGUGGAUCCUGCAACGUGUCCCAUUGUCCCUGGCCAGGAAAUGAUUAUAGAAAUAUCCAAGGGACGUUCUGGCCUUGGUCUCAGCAUUGUGGGAGGAAAAGACACACCCCUGGAUGCCAUAGUUAUACAUGAAGUCUACGAAGAAGGAGCAGCAGCCAGAGAUGGAAGACUUUGGGCUGGUGACCAGAUAUUAGAGGUUAAUGGGGUUGACCUGAGAAGCGCCAGCCAUGAAGAGGCCAUCACAGCCCUGAGGCAGACCCCCCAGAAGGUACGGCUGGUGGUGUAUAGAGAUGAGGCCCACUACAGGGAUGAGGAAAACUUGGACAUUUUUCCUGUGGACCUGCAGAAGAAGGUCGGCCGAGGACUAGGCCUGAGCAUCGUUGGGAAACGAAAUGGAAGUGGAGUGUUUAUUUCUGACGUUGUGAAAGGCGGAGCUGCAGACCUUGAUGGGAGAUUGAUUCAAGGAGAUCAGAUUUUAUCUGUGAAUGGAGAGGACAUGAGGAAUGCCUCACAGGAGACAGUGGCCACUAUCCUCAAGUGUGCUCAGGGGCUUGUACAGCUGGAGAUUGGGAGACUUCAAGCUGGUUCUUGGCCCUCUUCCAGGAAGACAUCACAGAAUAGUCAGGUUGGUGAUGACUCACUGACUCUCUUGCCCUUACUUGGGAGAAACACCAGUGGUAGCCAGGCAUCAUCUAGUUCUUCUGGUCUCAGAAAUGAAAUUAUUGGGUCAAAAACCAUGCUUGUUGCUAAAGAUCUCAGUGAUGCCCUUGGAAUCAGUAUUGCUGGAGGGAAAGGAAGUCCCUUAGGAGAUAUCCCUAUAUUUAUUGCCAUGAUUCAGGCCAGUGGAGUGGCGGCACGUACACAGAAGCUUAAAGUUGGAGAUCGGAUUGUCAGCAUUAAUGGCCAACCUUUGGAUGGGCUGUCUCAUGCUGAUGUGGUUAAUCUGCUCAAGAACGCCUAUGGCCGCAUUAUCCUGCAGCCUUCAAGUGUCUUUGAGAUUGAUACCAUGCUGUGA